GUGUUUUGCUAUGUUGUUUGGAUGAGUUGUCUGAAGCGGGUUGUUUAUUUGAAUCGUGUACACGUGUUCAUUAUCUUUUGUGGUUGUGUGCUUGACAACAAAAUGGUGAUGCGAAAGUCUUUGCAAGGCUGCAAUGGUUAUCUUUGCCGUCAUAAUUGGGGGCUGUUACUGUUUGUUGCUGGUAGGAGAUUGUGUUAGUGAAAGAUUCAUAUAGUAUUUAGAAAAUGAAGUUUCUUCGAAAUUUAAGUAGGGUAUUACCCGGAAGUGAUUCUAAAAAACCAAAAUUUGGAAUAAUAUGUGACAUAGACGGUGUAAUAACUAGAGGAAGAAAUGUGCUGCCAGCAGCGAAAGCCGCUUUCAAUAAACUAUGUGAUGAACGAAAGAAACUAAAAGUUCCAAUUGUAUUUGUGACCAACGCAGGGAACUGCCUUAAAAGUACUAAGGCCGGACACCUUACAAACUGGCUGGAGUUAAAUGUGUCUGAAAGCCAGGUUGUGAUGUCCCACUCUCCUCUUAAACUAUUCAGUGAAUUCCAUAAUAAAAGGGUGUUACUGUCGGGCCAAGGCCCUAUUAGUGACAUAGCCCUGAAUUUAGGGUUUUCUAAUUUUGUGUCAAUUGAUGAAGUUCGCACUACGUAUCCACUUUUGGAUGUUGUGGAUUUAGAAAGGAGAAAGUUUAGCCAGCUUGGAAAAUCAAUGAAACCCAUAGAUGCAAUAGUUUUGUUAGGAGAACCGGUUAGAUGGGAGACCUCCUUACAGCUCGUAAUAGAUGGACUUUUGUCAAAGGGAUAUGCUGAAAUGCCUCCUUCGGCUGUGCAGUAUCCACACAUCCCAAUUCUUGCAUGCAAUAUGGACUUGCAAUGGAUGGCAGAGGCUUCCAUGCCAAGGUUCGGUCACGGAGCAUUCCUGACAUGCUUAGAAGCACUCUACAAAAAAAUAAGUGGUAUGGACAUUAUAUAUUCUGCUCUAGUAGGAAAGCCAAGUGAAAUAACUUACUAUUAUUCAAAUAAUAUUUUAAUUUCACUGGCAGCUGAUUUAACAACAUACCCCCAGAGGCUGUAUGGGAUAGGUGAUAACAUAUACACAGAUGUGUAUGGAGCUAAUUUGUAUGAGAAAUAUUUGCAUGAGAAACCAGGUGCACACAGCAGCCCCAGUGCUCGGGUUUUAGAUACCAUCAUCAAGCGGGAAUUUACUGAAACUCAGAAGCUACCUGAAUCUUGCUGUAGUAUUUUAGUUGAGACUGGUGUGUAUUCCCGGAAGGAGGACCAGAAGGAACAUUCCAAUUUAGAUCAUAAUCCCCGGGAUUUCCAACCUACCCAUGAAGAUCUAAAACCAAAGUAUAUUGUAAAAGAUGUAAUGGAAGCAGUGGAACUAAUUUUUGAGCUGGAAAAAUUCCAUUAACUUACAGAUUGGUAUUGAUGCUGUUAAAUCAUGCCUUGAAUAGUCUUCCAUGUGGUACAAAUUUGACCCAAUACAAUAAUUGUUUUGUAAUGAGGUCUUCCAAGCUACAAAAAUAUUAUUUUGUACAUAGUUAUUUUAGAAUGAAUCACAAAAAUAAAAAAUUUAUGUAAAUUA